UCUUGAGACUUUAACACAGUCUGUGUUUAACCGUCUGUCAUCAUUCAGUCAGUAUGGAGCUCAGUCAACUUCCUCUUGUGUUCUUGCUGAUUUCAAAUAUCUACUCUGAACAAACUCAAGAAAAACUGAAACCCAGAGUGAUCAUUAAACCUGAUCAACAUGUGUUCAGAGGAGAAACAGUCACUCUCAGAUGUGACAUAUAUGAUGAAGGAGUCACUAGCUGGAGAUACUUCUGGUAUAAAGAAGGUUUAGGCAGUGUUUUCAAGUAUGGACAGGAACACACAUUCAGUUCUGUUUCUGAGUCUGACUCAGGUGAAUACUCCUGUGAUAGAUUUAAUGGAUCGAAUGGGUCUCCCCGCAGUGAUGUAGUUACUCUGACAGUAUCAGAAAGACCAAAACCCAGAGUGAACAUUAAACCUGAUCAACAUGUGUUCAGAGGAGAAACAGUCACUCUCAGAUGUGACAUAUAUGAUGAAGGAGUCACUAGCUGGAGAUACAGCUGGUAUAAAGAUAAUUCAAGAGGAGUUUUCAGUGAUGGACAGGAACACAAGAUCUGGUUUGUUACUGAGUCUGACUCAGGUGAAUACUCCUGUGAAGGAUCAGAGAUCAGAGGAUCACGCCGGUCACACACGAGUGAUAAAGUUACUCUGAAAGUAUCAGAUCUUCCUAAACUGACUCUGACAGCUGAUCCUCAGAGUCCAGUGUUCACCGGAGACUCAGUUACUCUGAGAUGUGAGGGGAUUCAGUCACAGAAUGGAUGGGAGUUUCUCUGGAGAAAAGACUCAAACCCUGAAUCUACUGAAGAUCAAACUAAAACAAUCAAACCUGAGAAAGUCUCUGAUGAAGGAAAGUACAGCUGCAGAGCACGAAGAGGAGAAUAUUACACAGAUUACAGUAAACCUGUAACAGUAACAGUAUACGAAAGACCAAAACCCAGAGUGAACAUUAAACCUGAUCAACAUGUGUUCAGAGGAGAAACAGUCACUCUCAGAUGUGACAUAUAUGAUAAAGGAGUCACUAGCUGGAGAUACAGCUGGUAUAAAGAUAAUUCAAGAAGAGUUUUCAGUGAUGGACAGGAACACACAUUCAGUUCUGUUACUGAGUCUGACUCAGGUGAAUACUCCUGUGAAGGAUCAGAGAUCAGAGGAUCACGCCGGUCACACACGAGUGAUAAAGUUACUCUGAAAGUAUCAGAUCCCAAAUCAGUUUUAAGUGUUUCUCCACAGAAGUGGUUGACUGAAGGAGAUCCAGUGACUCUGAUCUGUGAGGUUCACAACUUCUCUACAGGCUGGACGUUCAGCUGGUUCACUUUAACUGAAUCACCAGGUGGUUAUCAUCUGCUCUCAGACAGCAGCAGAGGAGCAGGAGGAAGAUACAGGAUCAGUUCUGCUGCUGUAGAUCACACAGGAGUUUAUGUGUGCAGAGCAGAGAGAGAGAAAUCAUCUUAUAAAACACAGUACAGCAAUAAACAGCUGCUGUGGGUCACCGGUGUUUCUGCUCCAGUCUCUCUGAGGGUCAGUCCCAGCAGAACUCAACACUUCAGAUCUGACUCUCUCUCUCUGAGCUGUGAAGACCAGAGUAACUCUACUGUAUGGAGAGUGAAAAGAUACACAGACAGUGAUCUGGAAGAUUGUUCAUCAAUACCUCGAGGAUCACACACAGGAUCUACAUGUACAAUCAGUUACGUCUAUACAUCACUCACUGGAGUGUACUGGUGUGAGUCUGAAUCUGGAGAGAAACAUCAUCCUGUUAAUAUCACUGUACACUCUGAAGUGAUUCUGGAGAGUCCUGUUCAUCCUGUGACUGAAGGAGAUAGUCUGACUCUACACUGUUUAUAUCAAUACACAACUCCAUCAAACCUCAGAGCUGAUUUCUAUAAAGAUGGAUCACUCAUCCAGAAUCAAAAUACAGAGAUGAUCAUCUCUCCUGUCUCAAAGUCACACGAGGGUUUCUACUCCUGCAAACACCCAGAGAGAGAGUCACCCAAGAGCUGGAUCUCAGUCAGACCUUCUACAGGCUCAGUAUCUGAGGAUCUCAAACCCAUGAUAAUUGGAGUAACAGCAGGACUGACUGCAGUCUUCAUUGUUGUCUUCUUGGUUCUGCUCUGGUGCUACAGAAACAACAAAGGUCUUUUUAAUUUUACAUCAUACAUUUACAGACACUGACUCUGUUCCUAAUCAGCUGGUUGAGAUGGUUUUCUGCUCUUAACUGGUCUCCCAAACCUGGUAAAGAUGUUUUUUAGACUGAGUUUAGAAGGUUUCUAGGCAGUUUUCAACUGCAUUCUUCAAAAUAAAGGAUCCAGAAGGUCUGCUAUAAAGAGCUUUUUGUUAAUUGAAAAUUUUCCAUUGACAUUUAUUCCCGGUUCCAUUGAUGCCAGUAAAGAAGUUUUAUUUGAACAGGUGUUAAAUCUCCUUCUAAUGUGAAUCCAACAUCAGACCAGAACCAGAGUGACGCCGGACACAAUACACUGCUGACUGGAACUGCUCAUGUGUAUGACUCUGUUGAUGUUCUUGUUAAUAAUGACCGUGUUAGUGCACCUGCUGAACU